CAUGGCAGUUAGCAUCCCUGACAGCAGUCUGGCCCCAAUAUAGGAGUGGUCCCAUAGGCUAUUUCAGCUUCCGCCACAGCCAAUGCCUUCAGCGAUCACUAAACGUCUAGAUUUUUCUCUUCUUCCUAUGACUAAUCAAAUCAGAAGAAAGGCACGUGAGAUGCUGGUGGCGGUCUCGGCUUGAACUCUUUGCUUGCCAUCAUGCAGCUAUCCAUUAGGAAUAUCCAGGCCAUCAACAUGUUCAUCUCUUCUUGGGCCUUAGUCUUCUUGGCAUUAGGGAUAUUGGUCGAUGACUGGGUUAUACUAAAUAUUGAAACCAGAGCAAAUAUAAAAAUCCACAGCCCAUGGAUAUCUAGUACUAUUUGGCCAAAAGGUGACAUGGAAGUGAUCAGAGUCAUGCUGAUUGUGGUCCUCAGCUUGUCCUACUGUCACAACUGCUACCUGGGAUUGGAAUUCACCUAUAUGUUUCCUCAAACUGCGUGUGUCACCUUCACGGCUGCCUUCCUCACUUUCUUCACAGGUACCCUUCUGCUCUCUACACUCCUCCUGUAUCACAUAAAGCUAAGGCAAGGCAAAUCCGUGUACUACUCUAACUAUCAUUUCACCUGGAACAUUUCCACGGCCUACUUAAGUAUUUUCUUCCAUUUUGCCUCCGGAUUCUUCUCUCUCCUGCAGCACCAGCGGACCACGAACAGUAGCACCUCCGAAGCCACCAUGCAACACUUGGGCCAAGACAGUGAUUUCAGACAGCAGUCUGGGAAUUCUAUCCAAGUUAUCCCAUUACCAGAGCCAACCCCCAUUCUACCUAGCAUUGUCCAUGUACCCUCCCCUAAAACCAGGGAGAAUGAGCUCCCAAAGGCCUCCCAAAUCCAAAAACGCCGCGUAACCUGGGCUCUGUGAUUUGAUCACCCAUCACUCCUAUGUGCUCAUCUUAAUGAAAACAGUCUCGUGUGCACGUUUCUGGGUGGAUGUUCAACCAUGCUGUCUGCAAAUGACCGUGACCUGGUUGAAAUCGGUCAGAAAACCCAGAAAUGGCUUUUCUUUCUUUUUUUUUUUUAAAUCCCUUAACCUGCUGAACUAUUUUUUUCUAUUUGAUGUCACCAUUUAAUAACAUUUGUUAAAAGGUAAUAAAUAUUGCAUAACGAA